ACAACUCAACUCAUCUCUCAGGAAGUAAAUUCUAUUAAGGAAGGCAGACAAUAACUAUUAUCCUCUUUAUUUCUAUAUAUACAAUAGUCUUGGCUUCCUAUUGUCAACUCUAUUCUCUCUCGAUAGAGGGAGGAGGUUCCUAUUCAGCCUUUCUUGAUACCAGUCACGACGCGUUACCCUAUCAGUGCUUUCUGCACGUUAUCUGUGGAAAUCUGGAACAAAAGAAGUCAUCUAAUUGAUAGUCUUGAGGAUAAAAGAUCCAUCAAGCGGUCCUUUGCUCGCGCGUUGAGUUCAAGGCCAGCUCUACGCUGGGAAAAUCUAUAGCCAUGGCUCCAUCAGAGGAAUCCAUCCUCUGCAACUUCCUGCUGGCGCCGGCGUCCUUGCCGACAAUUCUGUCCCUGCAGAAAUUCACUGAGCUGUUUCCGAAACGGCUACGAGCUCAUCCACAGGUCAAGGUUCUGUACCGUGAGCUGCAAGAGUUAAGAGAGCAAGACAUGGACCUGGUCAAUAAAAACAUCGACCAGGAACUCCAACGUGGCGCGAAGCAGAAGCAAGAGCUCCGCAAGGCGCAGAUGAAUUCCGGGGUGGAUGGGAUGGAUGCGGAUGACCGGCGAGAAAUGGACAUCGACAUCCAUCUGUUUGGGGAGCAGCAGCAGUCGUUGCCGGCGGACGAAUAUCACGGACCCUCGAGUCUACUAUCUUCGAUCGAGGCCGCAUGCGUCAGUGUUGAGCACGAGAUCAAAGCCAUCGACCAAGAGGCGGCGACGAUUUUAUCGGGGCUCAACGCGACGGUGGGAGAAUUGAGUGACCUCCGGUACGGCAAGUUUCAUGGGCCCGGCGGAUCGGCAGAGGAUGUGGUGGGCGAGGCGAU